GCAAAUUUGACUCCUCAAAACGCCUGAAGGCUCUAGGAGACUUUUCGAGCUCCAAACAAUGGCGAUAGCAGACGCUUUAGGCCAAGAAUUUGAAGAUUGGCUUCAAAUGUAAAGCUCAUGAUUGCGGAGAAGAACAAGUUUCAAGGAAAGGCAUUGUCCCUGUCAUACACAAAGACCGCCAUUACUGCAAUUAAGGAGAAGUUCAGUUCAGAGCAGUUGGAAAGGUUUAAGGGGAGUUGUUUUGGUCGUCUACUACUCAUUCAAAAAAAUGACACCACAAAACCUCCUGGUCCUUCCUCUUUCAACCCCUAAAUUAAGCAUCGGAUGCCCAAUACUAGACGGCUGCAUGGGUGGCGGCAUACCCUGCAACUCCAUAACAGAAUUGGUGGGGGAGAGUGGUUCUGGGAAGACGCAAGUUUGUCUCCAACUAACAAUAAGAGCUCAGCUCCCACCCUCACAUGGCGGACUAGGAGGGUCCUCCCUCUACAUACACACAGAAUUCAGCUUCCCAAUUCGUCGACUGCAGCAACUAGCCAACCAUUAUCAGGCAUCACACGCCAACUUGAUAGGGUUGAACCCAUUGGAAGACAUAUAUGUUCAUGCCGUUCAUGAUGCACAACAAAUGGUCCAUGUGCUUAGAGAUAUAGAAGCAUUUAUGGGCAUUGGUCACACCCGGUUACCUGUAAAGCUCAUUGUCAUUGAUUCCAUUGCUGCACUGUUUGGGUCACAAUUUGACAGAACACCCGCUGAUUUGAAACGCCGGUCUGAAAUGUUUUUCAAGAUUUCUGGGAAAUUGAAGGCUUUGGCAAAUAAGUUUGGGGUGGCGGUGGUUCUGACCAACCAGGUGGUGGAUGUCAUUGGGCCAGCUGACGGAAUAGAUGGGGUGAGAUUGGGAAACUUGGAGUGCUUGCAUACAUCAGCCAGACGGGUUAGUCCAGCUUUGGGAUUGGCUUGGGCACAUUGCGUCAAUUCAAGGGUGUUCUUGUCAAGGCAUGAGGAAUCUGUUGGGGUUAACAGUCCUUAUGCACAUUCAACAAGUGUACCCAGUCAAACACAAAGGAGACUUAAUGUUGUUUUUGCCCCACAUUUGGCCCCUGCAUCGUCUCAAUUUGUAAUCACAAAAGAAGGUGUAGUUGGAGUAUCGACGGUAAUUGGCUAAUAAUUGCAUUGUGAGGACUUGUGUUGGGGAUAAAAUAUAUGAAAAAUAAUGAGCUGUUCCAAAUCUCCUGCCUUCCCUACACGAAGUACACAACUCAAGAAAAUUAAGCACUCCCACCGACUCCAUCUCAAGAUGGUCGUGAUCCCACUUGCAGGCCAAAAUCUGGGCAGAAGCGCAAGGCAUCAAUAUCUUCAUCCAUUAUCACUUUUGGUGAAAUUGAUGAUGAAAACCCAAAGGGCAAUAAGAAGAUCAUGCAUAGAGAUGUUGAACGUCAAAGAAGACAAGAAAUGGCCACCUUUAUGCCACCUUUAUGCAUCUCUUCGAUCACAACUCCUCCUCGAAUUUCUCAAGGUGAGUGAUGGGAGAACCAUUGAUACGUCUGAGCUCCAUCAGAGAUUGACAAAAACUUAUGAUCAGCCAGCUGACUUCAAAUAAGGUGCUGGGAGAACUGAUAUCCUUUGUAAAAUUUUGGUGUGAUGUGUUUAUAUCCCUGUAGAUAUUCGACCUUCCAGGCACUUAAUGUGGCUGAAAGUUUUGCAAGAGCUGUUGAAUAUAACAUGUCCCUGUAUAUAUGCGAAAUUUGUGUUUUAUUAAGAUAUUUGGGAUGCUCUUCCAUUGCCAAUUAGUUUUGAGAUUGGAAACCGUAACUUUCUUUCAGCUCCAUGAUCAGGCAUACCAUCAUGUUCUCGUUAUAUCACAAGUAUAUUUAAGGUAA